ACGCCUACGCAGCCGUAUGUGAAACGAGCACGAGCCGGUGGCAGUAACCAAGCGGCUCCUCCGUCGGACAGCGUCGCUCUGGCAUUCCAACAAUUACAGUCAGCCAGUCAGUUGGCGAAUCCGUUCAACUUCCUUGAGAACUUACCAAAAUCAAGCGAAGUCAUCAACAUUUCUGCUGGUUAUCCGGUGGAGGAAGAGGAACAAGAAAACGUCCAUGAGGAAAUCCAAGCCGGAUCGUCUGGAGGCUCAUUGGCUGGCGAUGCGGCUUCCCCACUUCGUGAAGAUGCUGCCACUAGCGGCGGCAGUCCGUCCGUAACAUCAACGAAUCAACUAAGCGCUUUUAUGAAUAUGGCCACUAAUCCGCUGAUGUGGAAUGCUAUGUUGGUGAACACAUCCACUCAUGGCUCAGCUUUUUCCCUGAAUGAUGGACAGUGCGUUUCAAUGCUUAUGAAAAUGGCUCUUGACCUUGAUCUCACUCUGUCAUAUCACAAAAGAAGAGGUGAUAUCGAGCUGUGUUUUGAGAGUAAUCGAACAGCAGAGAAAAGCGGUGGGCGAGGCAAGGUUCUCUGUCUAUCAGAUAUGGGCAGAGAGAUAAGAGUGAUCGAGAGAGUGAAUGGCACACCAACUGAUACUGAAAUGUGGACAAAAACCGAUUUCAACCAAUUUCAUUGGGCGAUUCGUGGAAAGUGCCAAAAGGUGUUGGUGAAGAGUUAG